AUGGACGUCGAACCCCAACCUGCCGUCGCCCAGCCUGCGCUCCUCGAGCCCAUCCAAGCCCCGCACCGGCUAGCCAAGCGCACCUACGGCCGCAAGCCCCUCGCCGAUGCGGAGCCGAUCGAAGAGAUGCGGGCACAGGAGCCCUCCGCAUCCAGCUCUUCGCUCUCGUCCCUGCCCUCGUCGCCCGUCCUGCAGCUCUUCGACCGCCCCAUGAGGAAACCCGCCGCGGCUGGAGACGACCCAAACUCGGACCACCAGAGCAAGGACGACACCGCCGACAACACCGACGUCUCGCCAGAGCAGAGGGGCCUCGCCAAGUUCGGCCGCGCCUCGCCACCACCACCCCGCAAGCGCACCCUUCAGCGCAUCGCAUCGACCGCCUCGGCAUCCUCGUCCGGCAGCGCACCCGCCUACGCGCUGCCAGAGAUCGGCGCCGCUAGACGCAUCAUGGCAGAGAGCGACGACGACGACGACGACGACGACAACGACGAGGAUGACGAGGCUGUCCUCGCCAGAGUGAGGGGCGCCGCUGCUGUCCGAUCGACGCAGGGCACAAAGGCGUCAAAGGCUGCGUCGCCGCACUCUGACCUCUUCUCCGGAUCCCUGUCCAGCGCGCCGCCAACUUCAUCGCAGCCAGCGGGCACGCAGUCGCGGUCAGAGCGUCGAGAUGAUGCGGCAUCGGACGAUGCUUCAGAUACCGCCGGCGAUCGGACCGUGCGCAGGAGCGAGUCCCCCGGCGUCGAGCGGCACAGCGACCAAUCCGACGUCGACGACGACGACGACGACGAAGAUGCUGCGGUGCAGAGGCGGCUCAGCAACCCUACACGUAGACGCGGCGCCAAGGUCUCUGCGAUGAAGGGCAGAGGAGGCAAGCACGCGGCCAUCGCAUCGUCCGACUCGGAAGGCGAGGCUUCCGUCCGACCGCGCAAGCCGAAGACGUUCAAGCUGGUCUCGUCAUCGUCGGUCGACGAGACCGGAGCAGGCGACACGAGGGGCUCCUCCUCGUCGGCUGCCAAGAGCCGGAAGGAGAAGAUGGAGGCGCUCGCGGCCGCCAAGCGCAAGGAUGCCGGCGCCUUCGAGCUGUACGGAGACGCCGACGACGGCCUUCCGGGCCUCGAUCCGUCCGCGCCGCGGUCGCGCUCGCGCUCGCUUUCCAUCAAGGACGACGGUCUUGAUCCUCGUCGGGAUCGAGCUAGCAAGCCGGCAUCGAACAAGCACCUGGAGCUGGCACAGGAAACCGAAGACCUGCGGGCGGAACUGGACUCUGACGCCGCGCUGGCGCCCCGAAAGGCACGCAGCAAGUCCUCGAAGCCCAAAAAGGCCAAACUGACCGGUCCCAAGCCGCUGAGCAAAAAGGAGCAGGAGAACAUGUUUCGGGAAACCGAGCGUCUGAAGCGAGAGCACCGAGCCCGCCUCGCGCCGGUGGAGAAGAAGCAGAUCACUCUGACCGACCUGCUCUCCAAGAUCAACGCCGGCGACCAGAAGAGCUCGGCGAGGUCUGCGGACGCCUCGUCCUCGCAGCAUCCACGCCGGCCCGGCGAUGACGGGCCCAACCACGCCUCCGACCCCAUCGAGUCGGAUCCCAUCCGCGACCACGAGAGGUCGAGCCCAGCGAGCAGUCCGAUUGCCGGUCUUGGAGGCGGCGGCGCUAUGUCUGCGCAUCCGCGUCGCCUCGGCCCUCUUGUCCAACGACGGCCGGGCCCAGAUGCCUUGAGCCUUCAGCCUGUCUCGCAGGCCGAAGCCGAGGCGCUGGCGCCGGGGGAGGCCCCGGACGCAAAUGGUCAGCGUGCCCCCGAGGGCGAGGGCAUCGAGCCUCGACGUGAUGCCAACGGUACCGAAGGUGACGGCGAUCCCGGACAUCCAGACUCGUCCGACGAAGACGACAUGGCGCUGCCGCCCGACGCCGAUCAGUUCAGGUCCAAAUUCGUCGCUCAAAGCGAGCAGAAUGCCAAGCUAAAGGCUCUCAAGGAAAUGAAGCUGAGGCUCCUCGCUGCACAGGGGCACGGGACGUCGACAGCAGGCACCGGCGCAACCAAGGCAGGCCCGAGUGGCGACAACGAUGGCGACGACGACGACGAUGACCUGGAGAUCGAGCGCGGCGGCGAGCAAGAGAAAGGUCCGGCAAGCGAGCGCAGCCGUCCGACGACACCGGGGCGUCGGAGGCCCGCCGAUGCCAUCCUGCGCGAGGUCGGCAUCAAGCCCACUCGUACGCCGAGGCAGAGCAAGACAGGCACCAACGCCUUCGGGUCCCCGGGCAUGGCUCUCGACGACAGUCCUGGCGGCGACGGCGACGACAUGGAUGUCGAGGACCUCGUCACCGAUAGCCAGCUUCGGCGAGCCAGCAAAGCUUUCGCAGCAUCGAGCGGCAGCGCCGCAGGAAGGACGCCCGUCCGCGCCAAGGAUGGCCGCAAGCGCGCGUCCGGACAGCCCUCGCUGACGCAAGACGAGUUCCGAGCCACGCUGCGCCGCAGGGCACAAGCGCAGAACAUGGAAGUGCGCCUCAAGAAGGAAGCGCUGGCGAAAAAGUCGGGCCACUCCAAGAAGAGCAACAACUUCGAUGGGCCAGAGGACGCGAGCCGCGCACCCGGCCAAGACGUGCAGGCGAUGCUCGAGCAGCUGCAGAGGGCCGAGGCCGAAGGUCGCAGCGGAGCUCGGGCCGACGCCGAUGCAGAUGACGACGUCGAGGAUGAGGACGACCCCGACUUCCUGAUGCCCGGCGCCGAGGACGCUGAGGACGCCAUCGGCAGCGGCAGCGAGAUCGGAGGCGACCGGCCCCUCGGCAGUGGGAGCGAGGUCGAGGACGACGAUGCGGAUGACGAGGUGCUCGUCAGUGAUGAUGAGGCACAGCACGAUGUCCACGGAGCAGAGCAGGAGGAGGAGGACAGCGAAAAGGAGAAUGCACCCCCGGCCUCGAAGGCGGCGACGCCCAGUCGAGCCGGCUUCAGCCAGAGUCCCAUCUCCAGCCAACGGCCGAGCCGGGCCGUCAUGGACGAGGACGAGGACGAUGCGCCCGGUCCAAGACUGCCACGCCGCAGUCGCAAGAGGACCGCCCUCGCCGACGACGACGACGACGACGACGACAACGCUGCUGGUCCAGGAAGCGACGUCGCAGACAGCGAUGCAGAGAACCAGCUGCGGCCUGGCCGCCUCGUGGCCGCCACCUCGACGUCUCCGCAGGGCAGCACAUCUGCCCACUCCAGCCAGACUCGUGACCGGUUGCAAGCGCAGAGCCAGAGCCAAAGCCAGGAGCGGGUGGUGCUGGGCGACAUUUCAGCCGAGUCGCUCGGUCACCUCUCACAGCCUAGCCAGUCCGGCCUGGACCGCCGAGACUCGCUGGCGCAAGGCCUGAACGGCGACGAUUCCUACAGGACCGACGACAUCUCCGUCGGUGGCUUCACGCAGCUUUUCGCGCCGACUCAAGGCCCUCGAGAUGACGCCGCCGCCGCCGAUGCCGCUGGUCAGCGGCUGGAGCAGCGAGCGCCGCAGAGACCCGCCGACAUUUGGAACAUGACGCAGACUCAGACCAGCCAGAGCCAAGGCCCGUCCCAGAGUCCCAGCCUGACGGCCACCCGCUUCGGGGGCUCGACGGCCAGCACGCACCCGGGCAUUGCGCGAGACGACUCGGUCAACUCGGCGCUUGGCGCCUUUUUCGAGGACACGCAGUCGCAGAUGGCCAGCGAGAGCAUGGACAUCUUUGCCAACCCCAAGAACAAGGACGGCAUGGCCAGAGGCUUCACCCAGUUUUUCGGCAGUACUCCGGUCGAAAACGCCAAGAGGGGCGACAGCCAGGCGCGCGGAGCGGGCCCGGCCGGCACGCUCACGGACGACAGCCAAAGCCAGUCGCAGUGGGACGCCGACCGGUUCUCGAUGCCGCCGCCUCGGUCGACGGCCGGCCUGGACGGCUUUGCGGCGCUCCGCAAGGCGCAGAUGGGCGAGGCGAUGAACCUGACGCCUACGCCGUCGCUUCUCCCUUCGCUCGACGAGUCGCAAGCCGAGCGGGAAGCCGAGGCCGACCAGCUGCGCGAGGUGGAGAGGCGGGGGUCCCACGACGGCGGCAACGGCUCGCCCAAGAAGAAGGUCUACUUCAACAAAGACGGCUUCUUCACGCAGACCAAGCCCUCGACGCAGCAGGCCGCCGAGUGGGGCAUGGACAGCCAGAGCCAGACGCAGAUCCACACGCCACUCAAGAUCCCGUCGAGCUCGGUCGGGGAGCGCACGCCGCUGUCGCCCUCGCUGCGCCGCGGCAACGAGGCUGGACGCUCCGGCUCCUCGUCCGACGACGACGACGAUGAUGAGGGCGGGGACGCAGGCUCGCAGUCGACCUCGCGCAGGCCCCGCCAGCUCAAGCGCCUUCGCAGGGGCCGAACCGACGCUGACGCCGACGACACCGGCGAGCCUCCGCUGUCACAGGAGCGGCGCAACGGCCAUGUCGGCGACGACGAGAGCGAUCGGGGAGAUGAUGAUGACGAGGAUGACGACCACGACGACGAGAUCGUCCCCGUCACGCAUGCACCUCCGCUCGGUCAGGGCGCGACCCGCAACGCCUUUGAUGUCCUUCGCGACGGCGCCGCCCAUGCCGAAUUUGCUCCGGCGCAGGAUGCGGCGUCGCACGACAAGAGGAAGAAAAAGUCUGCGCUCGUCAUGGGCGAGGCCGAGGAGUCGUCGGACGAGGAGUUUGGCGGCCGCCGUCGAGGCGACAAGUCGGGCCUCGGCCGCGUCUUUUCCGAUGACGAGCGCGCCUCGGGCUCCGAAGGCGACUCGUCCGACGACGACGACGGCAAGGACCUCGAGGAGCUCGUCGACGACGAGCGCGAGGAGGACGAGGCGGUCAAGGACCGGCUGGCGCUCGAGGCGUACCAGGCCGACGUGGCCAAGCAGGACGAGGCGACGCGCCUGUACCACGAGAAGGCGGUGCGCGGCGACUUUCGACUGCGGCGCAAGGGGCGCGACGGGGCCGGGCUCGACGACUUCCUCGACGAGGAUGCCGACGAGGAGGAGCUCAAGAGGCGCGCGGCGCAGCCCCGGGGUGGCUGGUACAAGAAGCGCAGGCUCGACGGCGACAAGGACGAGAUGGACGAGCUGCGCGAGCUGGCCGAGGCGCAGCCGUUCCUCAAGGUCUACGAGGGGUCGCACAAGCCGCUCGAGGAGGGCGACUAUGGCUUCCUUGCCGGGCGAGACGACGACGACGACGAGGAUGACGACGACGACGACGACGACGCGGACCGGGACGAGGACAACGAGGAAGUGGAGGGAGUCGGGAGCGACGAGGACGACGGGGACGACGACGUCGCCACCGCCCGAGUCCGGACGGCACGGCACAGGGGCGGCGGCGACGACGACGUCAUCACCCACGACGCCAUCAUGCGAGAGCUGCGCGAGCGGCGCAAGGCGCAGAACCGGCGCGGCGGCCGCCGCCUGGCCGACCCGGACUACUCGAGCGACGAGGACGAGGCGGAGCGGCGGAUCGCAGCGGCGCUCCGCGACCGGGUCACGGCGCAGAGGCGGCAAGAAGAGGAUGCCAUCGACAAGCGGACCGCCCAGAAGCAAAAGGAGGCUGCGGCGACGAGGAAGACGCUCGGCACCACGUCGAGGGUGACGACGUACGGCAAGAGCAAGCUCGGCGGCGUCGCAUCGCUGCUGCAGAAGCGCAACGGCAGCGGCAGUGGCAGCGCAGAGGGGUCGCAGCAGCCGCACGGGUCCGGCGGUGCCGCGGUCCACGGAGGCCAGGCGGCCGACACCAACGACGGCGUCGUCGGCGAUGACGAUGAUGACGACGACGACGAGCCGAUGUCGAUCGACCUGCACCUCCUGCUCGAGAAACGUCGAGCCGCAAAGUCCUCGUCGGGCCUCAACGGCAAGGCCGGCGGAGCAGCGACCAACGCAGCAUCAGCCGGCGGUGCCAACGACGACGACGAACCAGACUGGGGCAACGACGGCAGCCUUUACCGCAUGUCUUCGCGGCCCUCGGUCGGCGGUGCUGCGGGCGGGGCGUCGAUGUCGUCGUCGUCGUCGUCGGCGUCGGCGUCGCUGCGAACGUCGUCGGGGGCGUGGAAGCGCAAGUCGGCGUCGGACGACGCGGCGGCGGGCGCCGAGCGGAAGAGGGUGCAGGACGAGCGGCGCAAAACGUCGUCGGUGCUCGUCAACAAGCGCCUCAUGUCGCGCGAGUCGCAGUUCCAGCAGUCGCUCUGA